UGCCGGCGCUUUCCCAUCCUUCUCCGUAAAACUUCUCAGCGACUUUUAAAUUUGUACGGUUUCGGGUUUUCGAACACCGUCUCAGAAUGAUGAGGACACUUUCCAAAACACAGAGAACUUUCUUUUGUAUUCUAGGCAUUGGUUCUACUUUUUUUUCUGCCACGCUUUUUCUUACCUUAGUGUCGAUGUUUCGACCGCCAUUCACAGCGAAUCUCGCCACGGGGGCUAACGAAAGUAAAAGUUACGAGCUCCAUUUUCCAAGUGACCUUGAGGAUCUCAAGUCAUUAGCCAGUCUAUUAAAGCAAUACAGACAAGAAAAUUUUGGUUAUGUGGUUCUGCUGUUCUGUAGUGCGUAUUUAUACAAGCAGACAUUUGCUAUCCCUGGGUCUGUUUUUAUGAAUUUGUUAGCUGGUGCAAUAUUUGGUAUGUGGGCUGGAUUUCCUUUGGUUUGCAUCUUGACUGGAUGUGGAGCCACGUUUUGUUAUCUUUUAUCUAAAGCAUUCGGUAAAGUGCUUUUACUUCAGUAUUUUCCAGACAAGAUCCAGGCCUUGCAGGACAAGGUCAAAGAGAACCUUGAUAGUCUGUUUUUCUUUUUAUUAUUCUUGAGACUGUUUCCUAUGUCUCCCAACUGGUUCUUAAACAUGUCAUCCCCAGUUUUGGAAGUACCUAUCACACAUUUCUUUUUCUCAGUUGUAAUUGGCCUGAUGCCAUACAAUUUUAUAUGCUGCCAGACUGGUUGCAUUUUGUCACAGUUGACAUCUCUAGAUGAACUCUUUACUUUUAAUGUUGUCAUUAAGCUAUGUGGCAUAGCUGUUAUGGCAUUAUUACCUGGUUUAAUUGUCAAGAAACUUCACAAAACUAAAAAGUCCCAUUUAGAUUGACUACUCUAAGAUUGCUAUGAAUAUUUCAAAAAAAAUAUGUAGGAAUUUUGUAUGAGUGGAUAUGAAAAUGCAUAUGCAAAACUUUGAAUUUUUUGUAUUAUUUAUGAAGGGGGAAUCAAAACUCUAGUCAAUGUUUAUAAGAGUUCGAGAUCAAUGAAUUAUUUAUAAAAUUAAUAUUACAAUAGUUAUUGAGACUCAUUUAAUGGGAAGUAGAAAAUGUAUUUUAUGAGAAAAAAAUUAAAUUAUAUUGCUGCAGAUCCUCGAUUUCAUGUGAAAAAAAAGACAUGUAAUGUCACAGAAGAACCAUUUACGUGUUGCUUUUUUUCACUCUGCAGUCCAUUUUCCUUUUUUAAAGUUUGAAAUUUACAUAUAAAUUGUGUACUUGUAAUUAUGUUAAAAAUUACACAUGUCACCUAAGAUACAAUGAAUAUAUGAAGUUCAUAUAUUUUGAACUGCGGUA